CUCUCUCGCUGGCUGUCUGUCUGUCACAUAAAUAAAUAAAAUCUUAAAAAAAAAUCAAAGUGAAGGAUACCAAGAAUGGCCCGGCUCUCCAUGGACUCCUUUGCCCGAGCCUCCUCUGUGGGGCUGCCGUCGGCUCUGGGUGCCACCUCAUCUUGCUGAUUUAUCUUUUCAUUCCUUCGCUCACUUCCCCAACUUGACCACACACCCUCUGAGGUCAGAGCAACAUAAGGUGUCCCCCAAAUUUCGGUGAGUCCGGGUGUGUGUCUGGCAUUUAGCCAGCACUGCUUGGCGAGUAUUCACAAUGCCUCUUGUUUGCAGUUCCUUCAGCAACUCUGGAUAAAGCCAUCUUCACCCUUGAGAUAUGAGGGGCACCGAGCCUCAAGGGGCCCCCAGAGGGCCUGGCCCAGGCACUUUCCCCAUGGCCGCGUCCACCUCUCCUGAGCUUUUUCCCAGAGCACAAGCAGCUGGCACUGCUCUCAGCAGCUCCCUACGCUCCAAAGGGGUGGCAAGGUGGCCACUCAGCCUCCCCAGCAGGGCCCCUCCAGCUCCCAACAGUAGGGAGCACACACGUACAGCUCCCCCCACCUCCCCCCACCUUAAACCUAUUUCUGAGGCAUUGCUCAAAACUGCCAUCAAGUCCAGCACCUCAGCAGUCCCGAUGUCCGAGCUUGUCACCAAGGUCGAAGCCACUCCACUCAUUGCCUAUACGAGCACCACAGAGUGCAUCCGUCCCACGAGCCUUGUCAUCACUACCACUUACCCCACCGCCUGCGUGACCCUGACCACCGCCGAGAGACGCCCCUCGGCCACGACCUCGCCUCCCACUACCACCACCGCUCUAGGGAGAACUCCCACAACCGUGGCCCUACUCUCUUCCUCCGUCUCAGCCCCCCACACGACCUUCCGUACUCCAGUAUCCUCUACAACUGCUACCCCAGAGAGGGCUAGCCUGGCCACAGCAAGCAUCCAGACACCCAGGUCUCUCACCCCAAUAACCACUUCUACUCUAUUACCCCUUCCCCUGCCAGUACAUUCGAAACAGCGACCGCCGCCACUCAUGACCCCGCAUCCACAAGAAUACAGUCAAUUCUGCAACACCAGCCUCUUCUAUUCCAGUGACCACCAGUACCUUGACAUCAGCCACGAGCACACGUCUGUCUUCUCUGCCUGCUCCAUUCACAAAAUCCGUCUCCAGCUGGACCACAAACAAACUGGCACCAUGGCCACAACCGAAAUCCCCACUCCCACCAACAUCUCCACCAUUGUCACCUUGAACACAGCCUCUUUGCCCACUUCCUCCACUCCAGAAACUACUACCACGAUUGGGCCAGCACCCACCACCACGGACACACACGCCACGUCCCCGGCCGCUGGGCUGCCCUCCUCUACGAUGUUUACCGCACACACACGCAAGACGACUGUCACAGCCUUUCACGCCGCAUCCACCUGGAAAGCCACACGAACUCCUGCCGGGGAUGUUUGGACGCGGUCUCUCGCCACAGAGAUUCCUUCUCGUCUGGCAACGACAUCAUCCGUCACUCCCAUGAAUACAGUUGAUUCUCUGACAUCUACCGCCUCUACUCCGGGGACCGUGACCACCAAAACCUUAACAUCAGCCACGCGUAUGCACCUGUCUUCUCUUCCUGCCCCAACCACAGAAUCAGUCUCCACUUCGACCGCAAACACCACCCCUUCCUCCACCUUGAACACAAGAACUUCUCCAACCACAUCUUCUCUAAAGACCUUUGCUACCGACACAACGACCGGCUGUUUUCUUUGUUCUCCUACCCCGUGUCCAGACUCUGUAUCAGUUACGAUAGCUCCUGUCUCUCCCGCGACUCCGUGUGUGGAAACGGGUCCAAGUAGUGAAGUUACUUCUACGCCCACCAACCCCGUGUCAGUGUUUACCUCUCCUACUGAGAUGGCCACCUCUCCUAGUUCCACCAGUAUGACAACCGCGCGUCCUAUGCACACGGACACCUCUACUGUUCUGGAAACUCAUCCUGCCCACAGCAUAACAGCUGCUCCUAGUUCUGUCGGCACUGGCACCGUCCCCAGUGACACAGUUGUGACAAGCACUCAAAGACCCACCAGUGGAAACUGGAUGAGCACCAAUUCUGUAACCAUCCCACAUAUGCCUGGGUUCACUAGCCUCCCACUGACGCCAAGACCAAGCAGCAGCUUUCCAACGGCCGUGGUGACUUCGAGCAAGUCGACUCACGCCGCCCCAACCACUACCAAGACUCCAGAAACACCGGCGGUCACGCCUCGGAGUACCACUACCCUUACGUCACCCAGGACAACUUUGACCACUGCUCAGAUGACCACACGGUCUAGGUUGACCACCACUCCAGGCCCCUGUGACAAUGGCGGCACGUGGAUGCAGGGCCUCUGCCACUGCCCCUUGGGGUUCUCUGGGGACCACUGUGAGCUCCAGGAGAUCAGGUGCCAGAAUGGGGGUAAAUGGGAUGGCUUCAGGUGCCACUGCCCUAGCACCUUCUACGGCUCCUGUUGCGAGUUUGUGGCGGAUCAGGUGGAUCUGGGUACCGUGGACACUGAAGUGGACAUGGAGGUGUCCGUUGACCAGGAGUUCUCCCCGGACCUCAACGACAGCACUUCCACAGCCUACAAGGAUUUCAGUGACACCUUCCGGGAUCAGAAGCAGAAGAAUUACCAGAAUGUACAGGGGUUCAAGGAUGUGGAGACCCUGUCCCUGGGGAGUGGCAGCAUUGUGGUGGUCUAUCUGGUCCUGCUAGAGUUGCCAUUUAGCCUCCAGCUGGAGAGUGAGUAUGAGAAGAUGAAGACAGUCCUGAAGGAGGAGCUCCAGAAUGUCAGCUAUAACGGCGACAGCUGCCAGAAUAACCAGACCCUGUGUUUUAAGCCUGACUCCGUCAAGGUGAGCAAUAACACCAGGAAGGAGCUGACUCUGGAAGCCAUCUGUCACCGCGCCACCGCCAAAGGCUAUGAGGAUUUCUACUUCCCCUUGGUGGAGGAGAACCGGCUCUGCUGCGUCACCAAAUGCACUCCCGGCGUGGACGGCGCCAUCGACUGUCACCAAGGCCAGUGCCUCCUGCAGAGGAGCGGUCCUGCUUGCCGCUGCUUCUCCACGGACACGCACUGGUUCUCGGGCCCGCGCUGUGAGGUGGCGGUCGCCUGGAGGGCGCUGGUCGGGGGCCUGGUGGGGGUCGUGGUUCUACUGCUGCUGCUGCUGUUGGCGUCCCUGAGCCUCUUCGUCGCCCUCUCCCGCUCUCGGAGAGGUGGCCAAGGUGGAGGCCAGUCCUGGGACGACGACAGGAGAUGGUUCGAGAUCUGGGAUGAGGACACUGUGGGGACUUUUUCAAACUUGGGCUUGGAGGAUGACCGAACGGUCAAGGAUGAACACUUCCAGGUGGCCUUGGAGAAUGCGGACACCAAUGUGAGGGUGCAUAUCCAGAGACCGGAGGUUGGCCUCGUCCUUACUGUGAGCCCCGCACGUCCCCCUCCACCCUGCCCCAGACAGUGAGAAGAAACCGUCUAAACUGCAUC